UGAUGUUGCGCCCAGAGAGAUAAGGGAAUGUAGUAUGCGAAAAGGUCCUGGCUUCGGCCAGGCAUAUACCAAGUGCUUUACCUGACGAAACAUAAUGAUGUUUCCAGCAAGUGAUGUGUCCGAAAUAUAGUCCCUAGAUGACGAAGUUAUGUGUUGUAAUUGCCGCUAAUCGCUGUGUCAUGCCCCGCAAAGGUAGUUUGUUUUUAGUCAACAAACUCAUUCCAAAUCAUAGUCGCAUGUUGUGGAGAGGAAAUAGUGUUAGAAUUUUACGUGUCCGUCCAUGCUUCGGCCGAACAUAUACUUUUGUAGUACUGACCUGUGAAACCAUACAUUGCCGCCACCUCUCCAUACGACCAAAAUGAUUGACUGUAGUAGAACUAUCACUUUGUUGAAUUCUGUUGACCUUGUUGUCGAUAUCGUGCCUGAUCCUCAGAUUGAUGAAUGUAUACGUUUUGUUGCCGGAGUAUUGGAUCUCACGGCUCUCACCCACCAUCGAAGCCACACUAUCCAUAUUCCAGUGUACUCUUGUUGUCGAUUGUUUUCGUUGGAUGGCCAGUAUGUCAAUUUGUCUCUCCGUUGUUAAGAUCAGCCGUCGGUGUCUCGUUGAUAUGAGCCAAAUAAAGUAGGCAGUGAACAUGCCUGUUCCUAUCCAAUAACGAAGGUUUACAUACCAGUGACACAACUAGUAAAGUAUCUGCCGUCGGUUAUUGUAUCAGGCAAAUGUGGUUAAGAACAAAUGAAUAAUACAAAACAUAUGUAUCGGAUAUUAUUUCACGCCUGUUCGACAUCAGUUCUCUUCAAGUGUUUCAGCAACGUCCUCCACAGCAGAUCAAUCAACUCAACGAUGAAACAUUGGCUGACAGUAGUUUGUGUGCUGGGCUUCCUGUGCGGAGGAGUCUUUACACUGUACUCGGCUAUAUCCAUCGGAUCGCAAGGACUAGGCACAAUGGCCAAAAGUCUGAAAAGCAUCGAGAGCGUUAUGAAGACCUACUCAAAAAAUCUCAUCGCUGCCCACAACAAGUUCAUGAACUCGAUCGACAAACUCGGACUGUUCGUGAACACCACGUACAAAGCGUUGAACGAUUCCUACGGUGCCACGCAACCCAGCAUGGAGAACGUAAUGUGGAACAUGGAGUGGUUCACUAUGCAGUUCAAAUAUGGCGAACAGUCGAUCAACUCCAAUAUUGGUUAUGAUUUGUACAGAUUGAACGAUGGAAUGCAACAGACCAUGACUACGAUCAUGCAGUAUUUCAACAUGCUGGUCUCUUCCUUUGCCUAUCAACAGAAUGGGGAAAUCUGCACAGAACAGAUCUCCACUAAGGCCAGCAACGUGCCCAGCCAGCUUUCCAAGUUUGGUGUGUGUUUACUAACGGAAGUAGAAACCGUGCCAACCAUUGUGAGCCCUGUGCAGGAUAUCUUGGAUUUGGUGAAGAGUGACUUAACUUCGAUGAACAAGCAACUCAAGAUCUGUGCUGCCACAUCUACCAGCUGCAUCAAUGAGUACUUCUCGGAUAUCUACAUGGAGUUGAGCCACGUCAACAUGGAACUGUAUAUGGCACAUAAUCUGCUGAGCACCUUUCAAUACGAUGCAAUGUCGCGCAAUGAACUGUGUUCAGAGUUGAUCAGGUACAAUGUCCAGGAUAUCUUACAGAACUUGACGACAGAGUUCAGCCAGUGUACGUAUCCCCAAUACUAAAUGGAGAAUGUUUCCAGUACAAUGAAUUCACCAUCAGCGUUUUGUUCGCUGCCGAAAUCAUCUGAGUAAUAAAAAUAUGAGC